UUUAUUGCGACUAACAUCUUUAGUUGUAUAUAAUUCGUUUGGAAGUUAUGUGAAUAUUAUAUUUUUUUUAUUGUAUGGAAAGAAAUUCCAUAAUGAAGGCUAAUAAUUCUAAUUCAGCAGAAGAGUCUGCAAAGACACCGUCAAGUAAAUCCAGCAAAAAGUCUACCAAAUCUCGUGCUAAAGCAACUAAAACUGACACAGCCGGUGCCAGUGGUAGCGGUCUGAAAAAUUCGACCGGUCCUAGCAAUAACCAAACAAGUGUUUCGUCGAACAAUAUUGCAACUACACCAACUACGCCUACCACCAGCAAUCCUAGCCAUUUAUUUGAUACAUCUUUAAAUACCAUAACAAAUGGUGGCGGCAGUGGCAUGGACGCCAAUAGCAAUUCCAGAAAUCAUGCAAAGAGUUAUGCUGGACUGGAAGGGCGAUCGGUGAAAAUUAUUUGGGAGCAACAUGAUCAGAGUGAUUUAGAAUUAUCGACAGAAGUAUGUACGCGUGUUGCUGAAGAUGUAUCUUAUAAACUGUGGGAAUUAGUGAAUAAUAUUAAAACAUAUGCGCGACAUUCUGGCGGCACUGUCACAUACGAUUUGGUAAACGAGGUGUUAACAGAUGCUGAUGUACCACCUGCAUUGGGUGCAAUGGAUAGCGAAUGGGAUCGCAUUGACUAUGAUGGCAGUUACUUCUUUUACUCGGAUAAAAUUAUAGAGUUACGAGACGAAUAUCAGAAAGAAGUUACCAUGGAAAUAACUGAUGGUCCUGACUAUGAAUGCACUUGGCCCAUUGACGAAAAGCAAAAUGAACUGAUGAAAAAAUUUAUUCCCAGUUUGAUGAAAGUUGUGCUGUACGGGAAUGAGGAUGAAUUAGAUACCGCUCUCUCAGAAGCUGCGUUUUCUCCACUACUUGGUGCUUGCUAUCGUGUUAUACUUUCUAAAUUAAUACAAGUCUUGGCAUUUAAACAAAAUGAAGAUAUCAGUUUGCGCUGUUGGCGCUUACUACGCGCAUGCGCAUGUAAUACACAUUCACGUCUGCAAAACGUACGUGUGGAAUAUUUUCAUUUAUCAGAGAUACUUAUAUCACAACUGCUUGCGCCGUAUGAGAGCAUAAAAGUACAACCAAAUACGAAAACAGAAGACCACUGCAAUGAGGCGACCAUAAAAACAGAAAUAGAAGAAGUAAAGGCUGAGGAUAAAAUGGAAGUAAAAACAGAAUUUAUGGACCAAUCUGAUAUAUUUAAUAUACCAAAUACGAAUGAAGAAAAGGUUUAUAAAUUGCAAACUGAUGAUGAUAACGAUGGAGACGUUGAAAUGCGCCCUGAAGUAUCACCUUAUUUUGCCAGUCCCGUUGAGUGGAAGCAUGUUGAUGAUUUGUGUGAUACAUUAGGUCAUUUGGCAACUUCAAAUGGUUACUUCCAGAAAGAAUGCAUAUUUCACAUAACGAGAAGAUUACAACGAUUCUUCGAUGGGCGUCGUGUAUCAAACGAAAGGGAUUUUAAAUACAUAAGCCGUGCUGUGCGUGGUUUGAUUGCUUUGGGUGAGUUCGCCUUUCGUGAAUUCAUACCUUUCAUCUACAAAUUCAAUGUAGAUGAUGUACCUGAAAGUUUUUGGAAUGAUUUCUCGCUCAGCGCCGUGUUUAUUAAGGGACCUGAUGAUAUUUUCUUAUAUGAGUGGUUGGAAUACUUAUGUGGCGCAGACAAACUACAACCCUAUUUACUAUAUUAUGCGCAAUAUUUUGAAAAGUUCUUGACUACGCGCUUCCUGCGGCGUAAGUUGGGUACAUUUAAAAUAUACUCUAAACCAGGUGUACGUCGUUUAGAAUGGAACGCUUUGGCUGCGGCCAUGUGUCAUGGCGAUGAUCCUAAUAAGGCAUUGAAACCCAAGCCGAAAAUCAAAGAGGUCUUCCCAGAUUUGGUAGCACCGAAUCUACAAUUGAACCGUGCGGGCAAUAUACGUUUCAAGUUUGCAGGCUGUCGACCAGUAAUAAUUAAGUCGAAAGGGGCGACAAAUGCUGCAAUAACGUCCACGGAAACAAAGUCAUCAGGUAUUUUAAGUGGACAUAACGAUAUACUUAUAGCUCGGCGCAAACUUUAUAAACCACUAACGAACGAGCGUCGUAUUAUACCACUCAGUAGUUAUUAUUACGUAAGAAUAUAAAUAUUAUAUUUAUUACUAAGUAAUGUAUU